AUGUUCGCGCUGAGAGUCCUCGCGACCUCCGCCAUCCCGGCCGGUGCCGGCGGCGUCGUACGAAAGUCUCCCGACGCCGCCGCGCCGCGUCGCCCGGCGCCGGGCGGCGCGCGCCGAGGCGACAGCGCGUCUCGUGACAAGUGGAACGAUGCCGUGCUCGAGAACGGCUCGGCCGGCCGCAUCACGAAGCGCGCGUGGGAGCGGCAUCUCGGCCGCCUGCGGGAUCCCCCCGCGGCGCUCGAGGACGUCUGCGUCGUCGUCGUCGGAAGCAAAAAGGCGGGAAACAUCGGCGCCAUCGCGCGCGCCGCCGCGAGCUUCGAGUGCGAGGACCUCAGGCUGGUCGCGCCCAGGGUCGACCCCACGAGCCGAUCGUCGCUGUCCUCCGCCAAGGGCGCGCAGCACGUCGUGCACGGCGCGGGCGAGUAUUUAUCCGUCGCCGAAGCCAUCGCCGACUGCGACGCGGCGGUGGCGUUUCACGUGUGGCACGACGGUCUGGACGUGCGGUCGCUCGAAGACGUCGGGUCGCUGCUCCGCGCGUUCCCGGGCGGGCGUAUGGACGCCUCGAUGGACGAGGACGAGGACGAGGAUGUGGGGCGGGAUAUCGUCCUUCCGAAGGAUGAGGACGAGGACGACGCAGACGCGACCGGCGAGUGCGAGGAGAGCUGCCCGCUGUUCCUCGAGCCCGUCCCGGACGAGGCGCUGGAGAUCAAGGACGAGAUCCCGACUGGCGACGAUGCGGGUGCCGACGAUGAGGGUGCCGAGGGUGCCAAGGGUGCCGAGGUCGAGCACGGGUGGAAGCGACGCGUGUACAACCCAAAGAAUCGUAACCAAAAGAACCGGGGCCGCGGCAAGCUCGCGCUGGUCUUCGGACGCGAGGUGGACGGUCUGACGGACGAGGAGGUCAACCUGUGCGACGCCGCGUGCCGCAUACCCACCGGGCGGCUCAUCGAGUCCCUCAGCGUCAGCCACGCGGCGGUCAUCAUCCUGUCGCAGUAUUACCAGCACAGGGCGUCAGCCGCGGGGCACGCGCCUCGGUUGAGCGAGCUGCCGGUGAUGGCCCCGGCGGGGGUGUGGGCGCCGCCCAGGCGCAGCGACAUGUACCCCGAGUGA